AUGAAUCUAUCAGAAUCUGCUGCUGAUCAAUCUACUACUGAUGUGAAGCCCAAAUUCAACUCUACUUCAACUCAAAAUGGCCAUUCUCAAUAUCUUCCACCCGGUUUUCCUCCACAUCCAGCAAUGUUUUACAAUCCAAGAAUGGGAGAGAUGCCUUACCCACCCCCUAUGCACCCCAUGCAGUUCUAUCCCUAUCAUUUUGGAUAUGUAAGUUGUUUUAUCUCUUUAAGAAAACGCAUAAUUUUUAAAUUUUUACGAAAUUUUGUAGUUUUUUUUUAGAAUAGGUAAUAUUCAAUGUUUUUGUCGCAAAUAUGCAUAUUUAUGUUACGUUUCAGGACUUUGGAGGAUCAGGUAUGAACGCACAGCAAAGCCCACAACAGUCUUUGUCGCCAACUUCACCUUCUCCAGAAAACAACUCGUUAGAAGAUGCUGCUCCUUCAACGGCCGCUUCAUCAUCUGCACAGGUUCCUCAAGCGUUCCUUCCUCCUUCCAUGGCCAUGAUGGGUUCUCCAGAAUUGAAGUAUGAUCCAGAGUAUCGAUUAAAGCGUGCUAAGAACAAUGAAGCGGCCAAAAAGUCCAGAAAACGACGCGCUUUGAGAGAAAUGGAGAAGGAGAACAAGAUCGAGGAAUUGCAGAAGCGUCUCAACCAAAGGGAACUUGAACUGGCAGAAGCUAAAGCUGAACUGAAGGUGCUAAGAUUGAGAAUCGCUGAUCAGAUCACUAUCAAUUGA